UUGACCAUUUCCUCCUGUCAUUCCUCCGUAGAUGGAAUAUUUGGAAGGUGCCACGAGCUGGCCAACGCAGACCUGUACACGUACGAUAUUUCUGCCUCAGCGCUCCAGCGCCUCAGGAUCCUCCUACAGAAACUGGCUCACAGAGGGUUGACAUGGCAGGAUGACAUCACUCAACAGGUCAUCUCCAGAGAGCUUUCAAAAUUGAGGAAUAUACCCCUCCGCCACCAGAGCUCACCCCAAAGCCCCAUGACUGCAUCUAGCAGUUCCAGAAACUGGAAAGUGAGGCCAGCGCAGGCGGAGCUGAGCAGGAACCUUGAGCAGUACCUGACAGGGCUGGGUUUUUUACAUCACACCCAGAUAGACCAGCAGCCAGGACUCCAACGAGAAGGAGGCAAGAUUCAGAAUGAAGACAUUAGGCCUCUCAGUCCAUCGGAGACCAGCCGAUCAAAGCCCAAGCAGGCCUGGAAGGAGACUACCAUCUACAGCCUUCAGAAAGGAGCUGGCCAACCUCCAGUCACUAAAGUUGUUUCCCAGGGUGGUGAGGGCAGACACCCAAAGCUAAGUACAACCCACUCCAGCCAGGAACCAGACAGGAACAACCUCCUCUCCAAACACCUGGAGCGGAUUCUUGCCGGGGCACCAUCCUCUCAGCGGGGCGUCCCGGGCGGUGAGGCUGUGUGGCCCAAAGGAAAACUCCACUACAUCAACUACAUUCAGCCAGCUCAGAGUGAGCUCGCAGAGCCACAGACUCCAGUUGCUUUUGGCUCCAAAAGUGCAAAGCCUAAUCUGGACAGGCUGCUGUUCAAGGCUGGCUCAGGCAGACUCGAUGCAAAGCAGCCUCUUGGUGGCAUAGAUGACCAUUUCAUCUCUAAUGCUGUGAAUCAGCUGGGGAGGCACAGCAUCGACAUGGACGCUUUGAUGGGCAAAGACCUGGACCAGCUGGCCGGGGUCAUCACAGGAGCCCUGCUGGAGCUGGAUGAGAAGCAGCCAGCACUUGGAGCUCAGCCAAAACCAGGAGGCACUGACUCCAGGGGGGAGAUGGAGGCUAACUGGGAGCCACCAGUGGCCUUGCAUCAGAAUCAAAACCAGAACCUGAAAUCAGAUGAAGGGCAGGAUCUAAACCAGAAAUACACUCUGAAAAUGAAACAACAAGGCCAACAAAUGGACGGUGCAGACAAAGAGUCCAUCGACAAGCAUUCAGCCUUCUUCUCCAAGCUACUGGACUACCUCAACAUGGAGUCAUUUGGUGAUAAACCCCGCAUCAACGGUGAACCGCCGGCUCCUCCACAGAAAAUGGUGGGACUGGAAAACGUCCACAGCCACACAGUGCAGGGCCAGGUUUCUCUCCCUCACCUAUCAGAGGAGAAGACCCUGACCCUCCCCGCAAAGGAAGGGACCACCCUGCAGUUGACCGGCACAGCAGAGGGCCCCGGUGCACAGGUGGACUCUGAGAUUGAGAGGUGGAUGCAGGGGGAUCAGGCACCAGCAGGGAAGAAGGAGCUGGAUGAGCCACAGAAAAAGGACAUGAAGAUUAAAACCCAGCUGGUCCACGUGGGAGUGAAAGAGUUUUCCAGCAGAGGAAAGGACAGACACUUUGGCUAUAUUAUUACUGGCUCAGACUCCCUCACCAAUGACCAGGGCUUGGAUCUGAUGAAGCAUGUGACCCAGAGACUCAGUCUCCAUGCCGAGGACCUCACUCAACUCUCCGUCCUGGGUCCUGCGCUGACGUUCAGAGUCGGCCCAAACCCCAAGAACGUGACCACCGCAGAUCUGGUCCAAGUUGCUGGUGGUGGGUGGGAGCUGGGUGAGGACACUCCUAUUGUCCUGGCUGUCACGCCUAGGCGACCCCAGAGGCCCUCAGAGCCCCUAAGAGGCCUCAAAGGCCCCAGAGGCCAUGCCAAAGCAAUGAGUCCACAAGCCCCCAGGCCGGACCAUAUGGGCUCGGUGACUCGGAGCAUUGUCUUGCUGAAUGUAGACACUACGGAGAUGAUGGACAUUGUCUGCAUCAGUAUGGUCUGGUACACCCCCUGGUACACCCCCAGUGACAGCCUGAGCCCCGGGGUCAAAGCCAAGCCCUCGGUGCAGAUUCUGUACAUCUGUCUCACAGAACGCGUGUGCCCCCCCUCCGUCCAGCAGAAGCAGCAGCUGGAGAAGGAGACAGGCCUGAAGAUAGUGGAGGCCGGAGUUAGUGAUUACCUAUCCAAGUAG